CUAAGCAAGACAAACGUCGGAGACUAAGGUGAAAAGCUCUCUCUUUCCACGUACUUCAGACCAACCAAAUUUCCACUAAUAAGGACAAUUUUAAUGUCCAAAAUUCACCUUCCUAGCAACGAGAGCGAACGUGGUUUUGGAAUUAAGUUUUAAGAAUCCAAUGCAUUGUCACUCUCAUUCUCCACAUUAACCCAUCUUCAAUAAUCAUAUUCUCUCUCUCUCUCUCUCUCUUCUAGUAGCUAUAGAAAGAAAGAACCAUGUCAAGAAUUCAUCCUGCUUGUCAGAAUAGAAGCCAUGAUGAUACGUUAACUUUGGAGGAAAGGAGCGAAGAAGAUACUGAUCAGCUUCAGCUACAACGUCUAGUACGUCCUUCUGUGCUCACCGUGUGGAAGCGAUCUAGCAUGACUUUCCAGGGGACUGACGGAUUCACCGUUUUUGACCACCAUGGAAGGCUGGCUUUUCGAGUUGACAACUAUUCCAGGAAAAGCUCUUGCAAUAUUAUUAAAGGAGGAGGACUCAUCCUCAUGGACGGAGCUGGAAAUGCUUUGCUAACUCUCAAACCCCAGGUAUUUAGCAUGCAAUACCAGUGGAAUGCAUAUAGAGGAGAAGAUAAAAUGGGAAAAAGGGUGACUAGUACUACUUCAAAGGUAUUCUCGAUGAGAAGUGGAUCAACGCUUUUCCACAGUAGCAAAGACGAGGCAAUAGUGAUGAUGAUGGGAUCAUCAUCAUCAUCAUCAUCAGGACCUAGUACUAAUGAUAUUAAUACUGAUCAUCAUCAUAAGACACCAGAUUUCAGGAUCGAGGGAUGUUUUAGGAGGCGAAAUUGCAAAAUAAUAAAGUGUAGCAGUGGAGAAAUGGUGGCAAGGAUUGCUAGGAAGAGAGUGAACAACAGGAGGAUAUUGCUUGGAGAUGACGUUUUCAGCCUAGCAGUACAACCUGGCUUCGACCCUCAGCUUAUUAUGGCCUUUGUAAUUAUCUUGGACCGCAUUUGCAGUAAGCCAUUUGCCCCGGUCUUGUGUUCCUAAUUAAAAAAUAAAAUUCUAGUGUAUAUGUAUAUUCAUUUCUACACACCAAAUACUGUCCGAUAAAACACGAUACACCAUACAUAAAAUCUCAUGCGUUCUGUGUUCACUGUUCAGUCCUUCUUCAGGAAAAAAGUCAUCUCGGCCGGGGAUUUUUUUUUUUUUUUAAUAUAAUCGAACUUAAUUCCAAGCAUACAUGUAUUUUGAAUAACAUUCAUGUUCCGUUUGGGUUGAGAGAGAGGAAGGAGGAGUAGAGUAGAGUAGAGUAAAGUAGAUUUAACACAAAAUUAGCUUAUUUUUAACCAAUUCUACUCUACUCCCCUCCACUCCCCCUUCUUCCCCCCUCCAUCCAAACAGGCCUUAAUGAAUUGAAUUGAUGCUUUUUACAUCUA